CGCGGGUCGGACUGCGGAGGGGCGCACGCCCGGAAGCGGCGAGGGUAGCCAUGACGGCCUACGUGCUGCGAGGUGUCUCGCUAACCCUGCGCCCGACGAGCGGGCUUCUGGGAACUUGGCAGAGGCAGAUUAGAAAUACUCACCAGCGAGCAUCAUUGUUGUCUUUCUGGGAACUCAUUCCCAUGAGAUCAGAACCUCUUCGAAAGAAGAAGAAGGUAGAUCCUAAAAAAGACCAAGCAGCAAAGGAGCGCUUGAAAAGAAGGAUCCGAAAACUGGAAAAGGCUAGUCAAGAGCUAAUUCCUAUUGAAGAUUUUAUUACCCCUCUAAAGUUCUUGGAUAAAGCAAGACAGCGGCCUCAGGUGGAGCUCACCUUUGAGGAGACUGAGAGGAGAGCUCUGCUUCUGAAGAAGUGGUCCUUGUACAAGCAGCAAGAGCAUAAGAUGGAGAGGGACACCAUCAGGGCCAUGCUAGAAGCCCAGCAGGAAGCUCUUGAGGAACUGCGACUCGAGUCCCCGAAGCUCCAUGCUGAGGCCAUCAAGCGGGAUCCCAACCUGUUCCCCUUUGAGAGGGAAGGGCCAUGUUACACACCACCGAUCCCUAACUACCAGCCCCCUGAAGGCAAGUACAGUGACGUCACCAAGGUGUACACACAAGUGGAGUUUAAGAAAUAGACUUGCAGGCUGCUAUCCUUAACGUGCUGCCCCUGAGAGUAGGAAUGACCAGGGUUCAAGUCUGCUUUCCGCAGAAUCAGGCAUGCUGUUAAUAA